AUGAGUUCCUCCAAUCCCGAUCAGCGCCUGGACCAUCUCCUAAGCGCUGUCGAAAGUGAAUUUCAGAAAGGCAGCGAAAAAGGUGAUGCCUCCGAGAGGGAUAUUAAACUCGGACUGGAGGAUGCGGAGUUGUGGAACAAGUUUAAAGAGCUAACUAACGAAAUGAUCGUCACCAAGACUGGGAGGCGAAUGUUUCCCGUACUGAGGGUUAGUGUGACCGGCCUAGACCCAAACGCCAUGUACUCAGUUCUGCUUGACUUCGUGGCGGCUGACAAUAAUCGCUGGAAAUAUGUCAACGGUGAAUGGGUCCCCGGCGGAAAACCUGAACCCCAGAGUCCCAGUUGUGUGUACAUUCACCCAGACUCGCCAAACUUCGGGGCGCACUGGAUGAAAGCGCCCGUCUCUUUCAGCAAAGUCAAACUGUCCAAUAAACUCAACGGGGGAGGACAGAUUAUGUUGAACUCUUUGCACAAAUACGAGCCCAGGAUACACAUUGUUAAGGUUGGAGGGAUUCAGAAAAUGAUCAGCAGCCAGUCUUUCCCAGAGACUCAGUUCAUUGCCGUCACGGCCUAUCAGAAUGAAGAGAUCACAGCUCUGAAGAUUAAGCAUAACCCCUUUGCUAAAGCAUUCCUUGAUGCCAAAGAGAGGAGUGAUCACAAAGAGGUUCCAGAUCACAGCACUGACAAUCAGCAAUCAGGAUACUCCCAACUAGGCGGAUGGUUUUUGCCCAGUAACGGCCCCAUCUGCCCCAGUAGCAGCCCUCCCCAGUUCAGCGGGGCCCCUGCACACUCCUCUUCAUACUGUGAGCGUUAUUCCAGCCUACGGAGUCACAGAGCAGCUCCUUACCCCAGUCAUUACCCCCACAGGAGCACUACAACAAACAAUUACAUGGACAACUCAUCUGGAAACCUUGGUUCCCAUGAUAGCUGGUCAGCUCUGCAGAUUCCAAACUCCAGCGGUAUGGGUACCUUGGCCCACACCACAAACACCACAUCCAACACCAGCCAGUACCCCAGCUUGUGGUCCGUUGCUGGGACAACCCUUACCCCUUCAGGCUCAGCGUCAGGAUCUAUUGCUGGAGGUCUGACAUCGCAGUUCCUGCGAGGUUCCUCCGUGUCUUACUCAGGCCUGACUCCUUCCCUUCCUGUCUCCUCACCCUCUUCCAUGUACGACCCUGGUUUGAGUGAGGUGGGCGUGGGUGACGCCCAGUUUGAGAGCUCCAUCGCCCGGCUCACGGCCUCCUGGGCACCUGUGGCACAGAGCUACUGA